AAACUGCGACUAAAACAGGCAUGGUUCUUAUUUGCGGUGAAAUCACAUCGACGGCUGUUGUGGAUUAUCAGAAAGUGACCCGUGACACAAUCAGGAAGAUUGGAUAUGAUUCCUCGGAAAAAGGUUAAAAAUUAUUCCCUAAGCUGAUCACUAGACUCUUUUUAUUGGAGAUCAAAUAUUAUGCAUGAGCAACUCCUUGAGUUUCAACAACAAUCGACUCUUUCAGGAUUCGACUACAAAACCUGCAGUGUCCUGGUUGCCCUCCAACAGCAAAGCCCUGACAUUGCCGGCGCUGUCCAUAAAGACAAAAAUGAAGAAGAUAUCGGCGCCGGUGAUCAGGGUCUCAUGUUUGGCUAUGCCACUGAUGAGACAAAAGAACUCAUGCCCCUGACUGCUGUUUUAGCUCACAAUCUAAACAAGAAGCUUGCUGAGAAGAGACGAGAUGGAUCUAUGCCCUGGCUCCGACCUGAUUCCAAAACACAAGUUACCAUCGAGUAUGAUGGAAAAAUGGGUGAUGGUGUAAUCACACCUCUUCGAGUCCAUACUAUCGUUAUUUCUACCCAGCACCACCCUGACAUCAAAUUAGAAGAAAUGAGGAAGCAACUGAAGGAGAAAAUUAUUGACGUACUAUGAUUUUCCUACUUCUAAGUAUACUUAACUGAAUUUUACAAAUCAAUUGUGCAUUUCUAAUCACCUUUUAAGCUAGAUUUUUAAAUCGGUUUAUUGCUAAUGAACUGCGACGGACCCAAACCUUUCAAAAAAAUCCAAGCCAGUCCAAAGCGAAGCAUUUUCGCUCUAAAAUAUUUUCUUUCCGUCUGUAGCAAAGCACAAUAGAAAAAAUACAUUUGAACAGACUGGGGAAAUAGUUAUGUUUGAGGGAACUGUUAUAGUUUUUCUAUUUCAGAAAAACACGACUAAUAUAAACCUAUCAGCAACCAGUAGCAUUUGGCCAUACAUAUAUUGUGUGGGUGCACUUUUCAAAGCCCAUUUUCCCCUUUUUACCAAAUCGAUUUUUCCAGGAAGUCGUCCCUGCCAAAUAUCUUGAUGACAAAACAAUUUACCAUCUGCAACCUUCUGGUACAUUUGUGAUCGGAGGCCCCCAAGGUGACGCAGGUUUGACAGGAAGGAAGAUCAUUGUCGACACCUAUGGUGGAUGGGGGGCUCAUGGGGGAGGUGCUUUCUCUGGGAAGGACUUCUCUAAGGUUUGUUUCCUUGAUAUCCUUUCCUUCUGAAACAGUUCACUGAGUCUCUGCCUCCAAAAUUAGCUUUAUUUUACCUUUAAGACUCUUGAAAAUAUUAAAAUACUUUUCUCAUAACCAUCAAAACAUGUUUAUGUAAAGGUUUGGAUUUGACUGAAAAUACAGAGCCAUUUAUCCGAAUGGGAGCAGCAAAUUAAUCCAUUUUUUUUUUCUGUUAGGUGGACCGAUCUGGUUGUUAUGCCGCCAGGUGGAUUGCUAAGUCUCUUGUGGCAGCCGGGCUGUGCCGCCGAGUCUUGAUCCAAGUCUCGUAUGCCAUCGGUAUUGCCGAACCUCUUUCAAUCUCUGUGUUCUCUUACGGAACAGGCACGAUGUCUGAAGACGAGCUCUUGGAAAUUAUUAGGAGAAACUUUGAUCUUCGUCCUGGCGUGAUAGUCAGGUGUGAACUGAAAAUUUUUAUAUGGCGGUGGAUAGGUUUUUUUUAGCCACCUGACAAGCUUUUUUUCGUAUAUACUUACUAUCAUCUCAAUGUCUUACCAGCUCUUCAAGCUUAAUAGAUAUUGUCACUUUUCUACUACUGGCAUUUUAUGAAUUAUAUAUCUGUUUGUUGUUCUACAGGGACCUUGACUUAAGGAGGCCCAUCUACCAGGAGGCAUGCGUCUACGGUCAUUUCAAGCCAGGUUUUUCCUGGGAAGUACCUAAGGAGCUGGCUCACUAGAUGACUGAGUUUACCAAGGCAGAGCAGAAAGUGCUCGAUAAGAGUGGUCUCUUUGAAGCAAUUAAGAUUGAUUCAGCCUAGUACUAUAAUAACUACCGAAUUUUAAUGAUAACGAAUGACAAAAAUAAAAGGAUCGAGACUGAAACCAUGUCAAACGGAAAGUAACUG